AUGCUAAUUUCUCCGUCUCAAUUAAUAUUUAUUUUGACCCUUAUUUCAGGAACAAUUUUAUCUAUUUCUUCUACUUCAUGAUUUGGGGCAUGAGCAGGCUUAGAAUUAAAUCUUUUAUCUUUUAUCCCUUUAAUUAUUACAAAAAAUAAUCAAUAUUCUUCUGAGUCUGCACUUAAAUACUUUCUUGUCCAAGCUUUAGGAUCUGCUAUUAUUAUUUUUUCAGCCUCAAUUAUAUUAAUUUCCCCCAGUUUUGCACCGCUUUGUCUAGCCCUUGCUCUUCUUCUCAAACUAGGAGCAGCUCCAUUUCAUUUUUGGUUCCCUCAAGUUAUAGAAGGAAUAAAUUGAAUCCAAUCUAUUGUGCUCAUAACCAUUCAAAAAAUUGCUCCUAUACUUCUGCUCUCAUACCUUACUUUUAACUAUUUAGUCACAACUAUUUUGUUUUAUGCAAUUAUUCUUUCAGCAAUCAUUGGAGCAGUUGGUGGUAUUAAUCAAACUUUACUUCGAAAAAUUAUAGCUUUUUCUUCUAUUAACCACAUAGCAUGAAUACUUUCUGCUAUUUUAAUUAGUGAAAAUAUAUGAACAAUAUAUUUUCUUUUUUACUCUUUAAUAUCUUCUUCAGUAGCAUUAAUCUUUCACUUCCAGCAGAUUUUUCAUUUUUCCCAAAUUACUUCCAAUAAUGCUUCCCCAUUACCUAAUAAAAUUCUUAUACUUUUAUCUUUGCUUUCUCUAGGAGGUCUACCUCCUUUCACUGGUUUUUUCCCUAAAUGAAUUUUAAUUCAAGAAAUAACUUCUAGUUAUUUCUUCAUACCCUUAUUAGUUCUUCUGGCAUCUACUUUGAUUUCCCUAUAUUACUAUUUGCGAAUCUCAAUUUCGGCAUUUGUUCUUUUUUCACCAAAAUUGAAAUGAUCCUCUCCACAUCGAAGACAAAGACUUUUCACCCCUUUAAUGGCAUUUAUCAAUCUUUUUGGACUUUUUAUCCCAUCAGUUUUUAUUAUAUUCU